AUGCAAGAAGAAGGCCAGGCUCAGGAAGAGAUCCUCGGAACACUUUGCGAAAGGUUGAACCAAUUCAUCCAGGAUCGCUCUCACAAACUCGAGGACUACGAUCUAGCGGACGUCCUGGUGAAACCCUUCGAUUUCGGCACGGCGCCAAGUGGUCGUUGGCUCAGUGAGACCGCGGACCCGCCUCCUCAUGUCAAAGAUGUCUCAGUGAGAGCACAAGCGUGGGCUGGUCAGGUCAAGAAAUGGGAAACUUCGCUCAACAAGACGGCAAGCUACUCGUCCUGCCUGGCAGUCCUCACAGACCUCGACGAUGCCAAGACCGACGCCGAGAUCCAGAGCUGCACCCGCAAAAUCCACGAGACUAUCGCAUUCCUGACUGGGGUGAGCGAGGGCUUCGAGGAGGAUUCGAAGAAUAUCUCGAAACCCGAGACGUGGUCGUUGGGGCAACCGGCAUCCUGGUCAAAAAACGACUCCCUUCGAAAGAAGACGAUCCACACGUGGGUGGAUAAAAACAAGCGUUGGUUUCUCGUGCUUGUCAGACCAAGCUGCACGUCUACAAUGCCCUCUUGGCGAUGGCGGAGGAGCGGAAGAGCACCUUGGAGAAGCGGGACACAGUUGAGGCCUCAUCUUCCACCACAGCCUGAGAUCUGUUUGAUACCUGCUUCCUGCCGACAUGUGCCCUUUCUAAGCCCGACACAUUUAUUCAUACCUGCAGCUCUUUGCCGCUCCAGCAGUACCCUGGCCAUGGCGGCCAUCGGCGCUGGGCUUCAUCAGCGAUGA